UCUUUUCACAAAACACAGUUCCAACGGUCAACACCUCAACGGUCAACACUACACAGAGUACGGUGCCUCCAACAGUCAGCAUGCCAUUCAGCACUUCAGCAAACACAAGUGCAAAUAUAAUUUAUUUCUCUAUCAAAUUCAACUUGACAAACCUGCCAUUCAAUGAACAACUCACAAACAAAAGCAGCCCUGUACCACAAAACAUCACACAUCUGGUCACUCAAGUUCUUCAGAACAGCAGUUUGUAUUCGGAGCUUUCUUCUUGUCAGUUUGAUUCCUUCAGUCAUGGACCCAACACCAGCACGGCAGUGCACAUCACCUGUCAGUUCAAGAACGACACUGCAUCGAUGAACCUGGACAGGGUAGCCAUAUAUGAACAUCUCAACAAUGGAACUCAAAACAGUAGGGCACUGGGACCAUAUAACAUGGACCCCAACAGCCUCUAUGUCAAUGGUUACCAUCCCAUACAACCAGUUCCUGCACCAUCUCCACUUUAUUUCACGAUUAACUUCACAAUCACCAACCUGAACUUCACAGAUAACCUCGACAACAAAAGUAGUUUGGUGUCAAACAACAUCCAAUCACUGAUGACCAACGUGCUUCAAAACAGCAAUUUGACUUCAGAGCUUUCUUCUUGUCAGCCUGCUUCCUUCAGUCAAGGACCCAGUAACAGUACAGAAGUGGUGCUCAGUUGCACGUUUAAGAAUAACACUUCACAGAUGAACCCCGACAGGGUGGCUGUCUAUGAAGCGAUCGACAAUGGAACUAACGGCAGCACAGCAUUGGGGCCGUACAGUAUGGACCCCAACAGCCUCUAUGUCAAUGGAUACCAUGCCGUGGUCCCAACACCUACUCCAUCUCCACUUUAUUUCACGAUUAACUUCACACUCACCAACCUGAACUUCACAGAUAACCUCGACAACAAAAGUAGUUUGGUGUCAAACAACAUCCAAUCGCUGAUGACCAACGUGCUUCAAAACAGCAAUUUGACUUCAGAGCUUUCUUCUUGUCAGCCUGCUUCCUUCAGUCAAGGACCCAGUAACAGUACAGAAGUGGUGCUCAGUUGCACGUUUAAGAACAACACUUCACAGAUGAACCCCGACAGGGUGGCUGUCUAUGAAGCGAUCGACAAUGGAACUAACGGCAGCACAGCAUUGGGGCCGUACAGUAUGGACCCCAACAGCCUCUAUGUCAAUGGUGCACAAUUUUGAUAUAUGUUUUUAAUGAGUUUCUCACAAGUUCAAAAUGUUUAU